AUGCCUUUCACAAUGCACCCAGAAGUAGGAGCAACCCUAUUCGCACUCUUCGGUGCCAACCCACCCAAAUCACCCGCCGGCGACGUCAAAGGCCGUCGCGAAGCACUCGACGGCAUGUUCGACAUGCUCGCCGACCAGGGCCCCAAAAUCUCCGGCGUCGAGUCCAAAGACUUCACCACCAAAACCUCAGACGGCCACGAGAUGAUCCUACGCUGGUACACCAAAACCGGCGCCACUCCACCCGGCAGCGCCGUCCUCUACGCCCACGGCGGCGGCAUGAUCGCGCUCAAAAUCGAGCACUACGACGAAGUCGUCAAGCGCUACGUCUUCCGCACCGGCGUGCCGUUCCUCAUGGUCGACUACCGUCUCUGCCCCGAAGUGCAAGCCCCUGUUCCCGUGACCGACACCUACGCCGGGCUGAAAUACCUCGUCGACCACGCCUCGGAGCUCGGGGUCGACCCCUCGCGCAUCGGAAUCAUGGGCGACAGCGCCGGCGGCGGCAUCUCCGCAUCCCUGGCACACUACAUCAAGCUCAAAGGCGGACCGGCGGUGAAGCGGCAGAUUCUGAUUUAUCCGAUGUUGGACGAUAAGAACGUGGAAGUGGAUGAGAAUAUCGCUCCGUACGCGACUUGGAGCUACGAUGAUAAUAUCACGGGCUGGCAGGCGCUGCUGGGCGAUAAGAUGGGUAAGGAGAAUGUGGAUCCGAUUGAGGCGGCGGGGAGGAUGACGGUGAAGGAUGCGAGGGGGUUGCCGCCUGCUUAUAUCGAUGUCGGUGAGCUGGACAUCUUCCGCGACGAAGACCUGCAGUACGCUUCGACGCUCGGCAAGGCAGGCGUGGAAUGCGAGUUCCACAUGUAUCCAGGCGUGCCGCAUGCGUGGGGCGAGUUCGUGCCGGAACUGCAGAGUGCUCGCGAUGCGAUGGAGAACAGGUGCAGGGUAAUUUCGUCGCUGUAG